AUGGAUUUGAAUGAGCUUCCUACAGAGGCAUAUUAUAUCUUCGAAGAUGUUAUUGAGACAAGAAGUCCUAUGUUUUGUACACAGAAGACACACAUAGAGGCAGCUGCUGCCGAGAAUGAAGUUGAACCAGUGGCAGCUAUUAGUGUCACAGAAGCUACAAAGGCUGAUGUUGGUGAUGUUGACUUGCAGUUCCUAGCGGUGAUUUCUUCACCCGACGAGCCAUAUGUUGGAAAGAUGUUUGAUACAAUCGAAGAGGCUAAGCUUUGCUACAAUGAAUAUGCUAGAAGGAAGGGCUUCUCUAUAAGAACUGGAACGUCUAGGAGGUCAGCCAUUACAAAGGAACUUGACAAGGUCUUGUUUGUGUGCAACAAGGUAGGCAAAGGUAAAAAGAUCAAGGGUGUUCAUGAAGAGAUCACUGAAGUUGAUAAUGUUGAGAUUGGUACCUCUAAAAGUAGUGGUUCUGAUUUGGAUGAACCAAAAGGGAAAAAGGCAAAGUGCAUAGGCAUCAAGAGGAAAAGAGAGAAGAUGAAAUCAGGCAUCUUUGGGUUCCUGUCUACUUCAUGGACAGGUUCUAUCCAUUCUUGCAGUCGACCUAGCAAAUACAAGAAAAUCCAGGACAAGACCGAUGUAGCGAAGGAUAAGCAGGAUUGUAGGACGGACCAAAAGUUGCCUCCACCAUGGUCAAGGUAUCCUUUGGAGAAGCAUGCUAUUGAGGCGUACACAAGGAACAUUUACUACAGGUUUUGCGCCAAACUUCAGAAGAUGGCACAGUACGUCUGUCAGCAAAUAUAUCCAAAUGUGUACCAUUUGAGCCCUAUUGAAGAUUUUGUUGGAGGAUAUGGCUCUAGGCCGUAUGAGGAGAAUGCAACUUCUGUAUCUACGUUGCAAGUUGGUGCUCAAAUAGCUACAAUGCCAGAGAAAUCUAAGAGAGCAGUCCGCUUUGCAAACCUUGCACACUUAUUCGCAAAGAUUUCUCAGCAGGGUAGUAUGUCAGAUGAGUUGUGUGAGAUUGCUACCACUCAUGGGCGUGCAAUAGAGGCGGAAUUUGUUGCUCUAAAAAAGACAAGGAAGAACAAGAAGAAGGUUCAGCAUCAAGGUUGUGCUAUUGAGCAGCAACAACCAACUCCUGGAGCUUCUACAUCUUCUAUUAUCCCUCCACCUCAAGAACUACUCCAAUGGCAUCUUUCACAACAAAAUGGUGAAGCCUCUGUGGUCUCAAACACAACUGUAAGGCGCCUUACAUUUGAAUUGGCUGCUCCCCAUGAGAACACUAUAGUCUUGGAUCUAGACAUAACAAAGACUAAAGGGCGUAUGAGGACAAGGAGAAAGAAAUCAGCACUAGAAGUGCAUUCAAAAAGGAAGCCAAACAGAUGCAGUGCUUGUGGCUCAAUAGAACACAAUGCAGCAACGUGCAGGAAAAAGAGAAGUAUUGAAGAGAAGUGA